GCUUUGGGGCUUUGGAUUUCGCGCUGCCAAAAGCGAACGACACACUUGGAGCGAUCGUCCAAGUGCGCGGAUCGCUUGAAGAACGAGCUCAUAUAUAAAGUAAUAUAGUACCGCCAUAUUAAAUAUUUUUCAAGUCCAAGUUAAUGUGAUAUUCGUUAUUGUUGUGCAUAAAGUUUGUUAGCAAGUGGGCAAGGCCGCCAAAAGUGAUCUAAUUAAUAAAGCAAGUUUGUCAGUAGCGGUUAAUAAGCAGAGCCUACAAGAUGGGAAAGUUCGAGUACUCACUGGGUUUAAAUGAGCUCAAAUCCAAGGAGUUGAGAUUAUGGCAGGCCCUAAUUGGAGAAUUCCUGGGAAAUCUUAUUCUUAACUUUUUUGCCUGCGGUGCCUGCACUCAAGUGGAGGAUAGUACCUUCAAGGCUCUGGCUUUUGGCCUGGCCAUUUUCAUGGCUAUAACGAUCGUUGGGCACUUGAGCGGCGGACACGUCAAUCCUGCCGUUACUGUUGCCAUGUUAGUUGCUGGUCGAAUUAGUUUCCUCAGGGCCUUUUUCUAUAUAAUCUUCCAAUGUUUGGGCGCCAUUUCGGGAACAGCAGCAGUCAGGACCCUUAUCGACCAAGAUUACUACAAUGGCCUGGGCCACACUACUCUGGCUCCCAACAUCACAGAGCUGCAGGGUCUGGGCAUCGAGUUCUUCCUGGGCUUCCUCCUGGUUCUAACUGUGUUUGGAGCCUGUGAUCCCCACAAACCGGACUCCCGCUACACGGCGCCCCUGGCCAUCGGUAUGGCCGUGACUUUGGGUCACCUGGGAACCAUACGGUAUACGGGAUCCAGCAUGAAUCCUGCACGCACCGUUGGCACUGCAUUCGCCACCGGAAAUUGGUCUGCCCACUGGAUCUACUGGGUGGGUCCCAUUCUCGGGGGCGUGACAGCUGCCCUGCUCUACACCCAGAUCCUGGAGGCGAAGCCGGAGCCGAAGACGAAUGAGGCCGCCGAGAAGUACAGAACACAUGCCGAUGAACGUGAGAUGCGCAAAUUGGAAAGUGCCCGCGACUUUGCUUAGAAAUGGAAAACUAAGAGUGUCUCGAAUCUGGAGAGAGAAUCUGGAAAGGAUCAAUUUUGAUCAUUGAUUGCAUUCAGCUCUGUGUCUAUCAUACUUAUUACCUAUGUCGUGUAUUCGUUCGUUCGUGUGUAUUUAUGUAUUUAUUCAUGAAACUUUCAAUUUUUUAUUUAACUAAUACUUAAAUGUAUAAGCUGCCGUAAAAUGCAAUUUACAAACUAAAUUACAUGUAAAUGUCUCAUGCCUGCACAAUAAAGUCAAAUGUUUACAUUUAAA